AUGAGCUUGAAAGAAGUAUUCGAACAACAUCCAUGGAGGUCAUUUAAGAAGUUCAAUGAAGCUGCAAAGAGUCGGGGAUUUACUAACAGAGCUGAAGUGAAAAGGUUCUUUGACAAAAAUGUUGUACAUCAAACAAAAAUAAACCCUUACGACUACUUUUUACCAAUUUACUCCAACGCUCCUGACGCAUACCAAUUUGACACUCUCAUUCAAAGCAGAAAAGGAGGACAUAAACCAUUCCUCAUCUUCAUUAAUGUUAACACUCGCAAAGCAUAUCCAAUGAAAAAUAAAGGAACUCGUGAAGUGUUAAGAGUUUUACAAAAGUUUGUAGCAGAACAUAACCCAAGUACUUUAACAUCAGACCAAGACAGUGCAUACCUCAGCAAUGAAAUCACAGAUUUUCUCAUUAAGCAUAACAUAACUCACUACACUACUGAAGACCAUAACCAUAACAUACUCGGCAUCAUAAACCGCUUCAUAAGAACGCUCAGAGAUUUAAACCAAGAGCGAGACUUUACCGAAGAAACAAUGAAACAUUUUCUCGAAGUAUAUAAUUCCUCAACACACUCUACAACAGGACAUACACCAAAUUCAAUGACACAACAACAAGAAGAAAAGUAUAUACAAAAGAAACGAAGCCAAACACAAAAUAUCAGAAAUUCAACACAAUUUACCCUCAUUCCUGGUACAAAAGUUCGUGUAGUUCUUGACGACAAGCCGUUGACAAAGAAACGUUUAAGGUUAAGUCGAAAUUAUUAUAUCGUAGACUCUACGCAAGGUAAUGGAUAUCUUAUAAAAGCUGCUGACGACUCUAUUGCGUUUUAUCCUCGUCAUAAAUUAGUCGAAAGUAGUAAUGGCAAACUUGCUGAAACCAUUGACGAAGCAAAGCGAGGA